CUAUGUCUUUAGCAAGUAAUGAACUGCGCCUCAUUCCUAAUCAAGCCUAACGAUAUUCUCUUAAAAGAAUCGAAUACUAAUUGGAAGAGUAAACUAGCUUCCUAUUUGGCAUCAGUACCGAUUCAUGGUUAUUAAUUCUCUUGACAAUACUAACAAACAACUAAAACUCGGCUAUCAUAUCUAAGUGCAAGCAUUUGAGCUAUAAUAACGACUCUGGACAGGAUAUUUUAAUGCCUAAUCGAACUUUGAAAUCAGUUCUAAAAUUAUGCUGUUUCCUAAAAAAGAGAAGAAUGAGAUAUACUAAAGCUUUCAUAAAGAACCAGCAUCCUCAGGGUCUAGAAGAGAGAUUAUAUCAAGUACUCGACUAUAGUAAAAAAAUAAAGUGCAAGACAAUUCUCCUACUUCUUUCAUUAGAAGAGGCUAGAACUUGGCUAUACAGCCUGUAUAUAAGCUCAAUCUUCUUAUGAGGGUGGCCGGAUACCUGCUAGGGCCUUGAGAGAUUAUUUGAUGGUAGUAAGUGCCUGCCUUAGUAAGUAUCCUAAUCUAUUAAUUUAUCUAACAAGGCAAGACUAUAUUAUCCGAAGACAAAAAGAGUCUAAAUCCUAUUAAUACACAGCCAUGACAGGCUAUCCUUUUGCCAGCAUUAACUAAAAUUCUAUUGCAUUCAGUACAUUGUUGGAUAAGAAAACAUAAUUAUACUAAGUGCUUAGAUACACGUUGUCUUGAAUGAU